AUGCUGCACCAGAUAACUAUUGAUAUGCCUGAAGAAGAGCAAGGACGCCAAGUUAGUCCUUCCACCCUCCAGACACAGACUGGUUUCCGUGAUCCCACCCAGGCCCCUCCCACUCACGCUUACCCAACUCCAGCUCACUCGACGGGUCUGCCCUUUUUCGAUUAUCGCCAUCUGCUUCCCUCACCUGCCUUUAACCACAACUCUGCCGUCAGACCCCAUUCAUCAACCAUGAUGGGUCAAAGGCAGCUUGUGGUGCCUGGCUCAGUCCCCCUUCCUCAACCAUACCUCUGGGGCCCAGCAGGUGUGUCACCCUUCACCUCGUGCCCCCCUGCUUCUCCGUUGAACUUAGAAACAAAUGCGCCAUUGUACCAUGCCCCACCAGUGCCCCCUGGGGUCAUGUCUGCCAGCGCUGCUACCCGCAGAAGCUCUCCUGCCCCGGCUAAUGGAGGCUUCAUUCAGACACACCAGCAGAGACAAACGUCACAGGAGGACGGCAAUGCAACAGAUAGUGAACAUGAGCAACAAGACAUUGACAAUAUGGAGGAGUCAGAUGGGGAGGAUGUAGGGGAGUCAGCCGACUGCCCCGACCCCAUAAGUGCUGGCCAAGCCCCAGUCCCACUGACCUCAACCGGGGCAGAAACGUUAACAGGGCUGGGGGAGGAAGAGAUUGAUGAACUGUGUUUCCCAUCACCAGAGCCCUGUACCACAAGGAGAAAUCCUUGCGGCAGCCUGGUCACGGUGAGCUCAGUGCGGCCCCUGGUCCCGGUGAGCUCAGUGCGGCCCCUGGUCUCGGUGAGCGCCUGCCCGGUGUGCGGAGCUCAGGAAUGGCAACAUGUCAACAAGAUACUCAGCAUUCAGAAAGCCUUGACAAGUCCACAUGUCAACCAUGAGAAGGUGGCAGGAGGAGGAGAUUAA